GUUUCUUCCCGUGCCAAACCGCCACCCUCUAAAAUUCCAUCAACUUCCGCGGCAAACAUUGCGAAGCUGUUGGCUGCCUAGUAGAGCUAGGAUUACACAGCAGCAGUAUUAAAAGAUUGCGUCCUCGUUCCUUUCUUUCCCUUUUGUUUAGUCUGUCCCUCUUCCUCAGCAACAUAGUUCAAGUUGGGGUUGACAUAUCUUGACAAGAUGUCGUCAAUAAACAUUACCGUGUCCCACAAGGGCAAGAAGUACGAUGUCGAGGUCGAUACCGAAUCCACCGGCGAGGUGUUCAAAUACCAGCUGUUCAGCUUGACUGGUGUCGAACCCGAGCGACAAAGGAUCCUCGUUAAGGGCGGUCAGCUCAAGGAUGAUACAGUUAUGAGCUCCGUAGGCCUCAAGCCGGGACAGACGGUCAUGAUGAUGGGUACUCCCGGUGGUAGCGAGGUCCAACGCCCGGCGGGCAAGAUCAAAUUUGUUGAGGACAUGACCGAGGCCGAAGCUGCUCAACAGGAGGGCGCCACACCGGCAGGUCUUGAGAACCUGGGCAACACUUGCUAUCUCAACUCGACGCUACAGACGCUACGCACUAUUCCGGAGCUCCAGACCGCAUUGUCAACUUACAUGUUCAGGGAGGACCACAGCAAUCGGAUCCCCAACCUGGACCUCACCAAUCAGCUCAGGAACUUGUACGAGGCAAUGGGAAAGACUCAAUCCGGCUAUGCGCCGCAUGCCUUUCUGAGUGCCCUGCGUACAGCUUUUCCUCAAUUCGCCGAGAGGUCAAGACAGGGCCAAGGGUUCGCACAGCAGGACGCCGAAGAGGCCUGGUCGCAGAUCCUUGCACAGCUGAGGCAGAAGCUUACCCGGGAGGGUUCACAAGACCAAAAGACCAUUUCUUUCAUUGAUGAGUACAUGGCUGGCGAGUUUGAGAGUGUGUUGGAGUGCGACGACCCUGCUGCCCGGGAGAUGGGAGAGCAGGCCGUCACGACACGAGAGCCGUUCCUCAAGCUGAACUGCCACAUCGACAAGGACAUUAACCACCUUCGCGAUGGUAUCCUAGCCUCGCUCACCGAGACGAUUGAGAAGAAGUCGGACACGUUGGACAGGGAAGCUACUUACACCAAGCGGUCCAAGAUCUCGCGUCUGCCCAAGUACCUGACCGUGCACUUUGUGCGUUUCUUCUGGAAGCGUGACGUACAGAAGAAGGCCAAGAUCAUGCGCAAGGUCACCUUCUCGCACGAGCUCGAUAUUGUCGAGUUCUGCACAGAUGACUUGAAGAAGUUGCUCAUCCCGGUGCGCGAUAAGGUGCGAGAGGUCCGCAAGGACGAGGAGGAUAUCGAGCGCUCGCGCAAGCGGCGCAAGAAGAACCCACUUCUGGACGGCGACGUCCCGGGAUCAUCGGGAACCAAGGAGGCGGAUAAGAAGAAGGAUGACAAGAAGCCUGGAGCCGACGGAGACACCGACAUGGCACUAGACGGUGAGACUUUUAAGACGGACGCCGAGAUCGAAGAAGAGAAGCAGGCACAGCUCUUGCAGGCCAAGAAGGAACUGCACGCUCUUGUGAACCAAGAAUUGGCGGCAGACAAGGGUGCUAACCACUCGGGACUGUACGAGCUUCGCGGCGUGGUGACGCACCAGGGCGCGAGUGCUGACAGUGGUCAUUACACGGCGUACGUCAAGAAGACGGCCCCCGUGGACCCUCAGACGGGCAAGCCCAAGGGGGAAGAGGAUGGCAAGUGGUGGUGGUUCAACGACGACAAGGUUUCAGAGGUGACAGCGGACAAGAUCGAUGCGCUGGCUGGCGGUGGCGAGUCCCACUCGGCUCUUAUCCUGUUGUACCGGGCCAUCCCGCUGCCAUCGGCCGAUGGAAUUGAUCAGGCAUAGUCGGGUCGUGCCACGGUCUUCCGACCUAGUGAAGGUAACCUGCAGUGGUUUAAGGCCCUACCGAGAAUUUGAGGCAGAAACAAGAAAAAACAACAAAAAAAAAAGAUUAUCCAGUAAUGUCGGACCGGGGAGUUGGGUUGCGUUCUUUGGUUUUGUCUUCGGUAAACUUGGUAAAAGGCAGAUAGAUUUGGGGCUUAUAAAAGAGAAAAUCCUGAGUUUGUUUGCAUGCUCUUGAUAUUCUUUGGGUAUCCUACAAGCUAACUUUACAUCCUUGCCUAAGAAAAUGGCCGCCAGCUCGAGCCACUUUUGUUGACCUGAUUAUUAUCACUAUCAUUUUUCAUACCUGUCGUACUGCUUGCCUCUGUAAAUUUAUCUGUGCUCUGUACCGGCCUCGUGUCUGGCUUAACCUCCAUCGGCUGUCCGGUGUGCUUCUGCUCCUCCGCUUUCUUCGCGGCCAUGCGUUCAUGCAACCUGACCAGCUUCCUCUCAAAAGGAGCGCGCUGGUUCACCAAGAAUUGUCUGCGCUCCUCGAGUACGGCAAUCUGCUCUUCUAACGAGGCUUCCACAAAUGCUUUUCUCUCCUACUUGGCCUCGCCUUGGAUCUUGAGCCCGGCGCCGUAGAUGCUCCCGACAAAGACAAUGGCAGCCACGCCGCCCGUGACAAUCAAGCGUCGGAUCUUGACACGGGAGGCGUGUGCCGCCGCUGCCCCAGAUGCCAUUUGAAUAUUAAGAGUAUUGAGGGUUUUGUCCCCUCUUUUUUCUUUUUUUCUGUCACCUUUUUUCCCCUUAAAACUCAAUCCCACACCCCCUUCCAAAUGAUCUCACUCUCGGUCACCCUCCUCUCGUGCCCAGACGGCCUAGGCUUAGAGGUAGAAGAAGAAGGAGCAGCACGUCCGGCACUCGGUCGGCCACCGCCGGUGGUGGCGGAGCGGAGUCGUCUGCGCUCCGACGAAUCGAGGGACGCAGAGCGCGCGGUGCGGUCUACCGGCUCGGUGGCAACCGGGGGCGUAGACAGCGAGCGGGCCGGGGUUGAGGGCGCGCGGCGGCGGCGGGAGGCCGUGGUGGAGUUGGAAUGCCAGAUGGCGGCAGUCGCGUCACGCGGUGGGCAGUUAUAGUGAUUAAUAUUUUGUCGGCUUGGAUCCGAUCGUGCCGUCGAGGUGGCGGCCGAAAAGUCUUUUUCCCAAGCGGCGGCGGCGUCGGUCCGUGACGACGGUGAUGCUUUUUUCUUGGGGUACGACGCUAGCUCAAUUGGCGACGUCAGGGG